CGUAAUGCACCAUGCUUCGUUGCCGUGGUCCUCGGGGCAUUCUGCUGCUGCUCCUUGGCUCUCUGGUGUUGUGGAGCCUACCGAACUUCGUGGCUCUGCCUGGCCAUGGGAACCGAGGGCAGCGGGGACGGCCCUUCAGUGACUCAGCGCUUCCAGCGCUUCCGGCUCUAGCAGACCCGGAGGUGGAAACACUAGAAGCAGUGCCAGAAGAAUUGAGCCCUGUUGAAGAGGUCCUGGCAGGAGUGAGUGUGGCUUUCUCCUUGCUAUCUAAGGCUCUUGCUUGUAGCGCCAUUGUUGGAACAGGGCCUUUGGUCGGUCUUUGGUCCUGUGUGUCCCUUGGCUUCGCCUCCAUUGCUGGAAUGCGGCCGGGUGUUGUGGCAGGUUCGGCUGCUGUGGUGGUGGUACCUCUUGGGGCCUUCACGGCGGUCCAUGGGCUACAGCUGGUGCCAUUGGUCGUGUUGCUGGCCGCCCUCAUUGAAUUUGCUGCUGGUGCGGUGGGCUUCGCAAGGGCUGUAGAUUUAGUGUCCAAAGAGGUGCUGGCAGGAUUCCUGAAUGCCUUGGGCCUUGCGCUGCUCAUGUCGCAGUUUGGGGCAAUGUCCACACCAGAGGCAGCAGCGUUGGCGCUCAUUUGUGCUGCACUCACACAGUUCCUACCAUCGACGCCAGUUCCUUCCUCGCUGAUUGGCCUGGCAGUGGCGUCAAUCGUGGGGAUUGUUCUCAACUUUGAUGUACCAACAUUAGCCGCAAAAGCCAAAGAUCCACUGGCCUUCGCAGGAGGACUAGCAGCUUUGCCUCAAUUUCAGUUGCCACAAUUGCCAUCGAUGGAAGAUAUCUCCAUUGCUCUUCCUUGCGCAGUAUCCAUUGCCUUCAUUUCGUUGUUGGAAACGCUUCUUGCUGCACGUGUGGUGGAUGACCGCAAAUGUGAAGAGCUUUGCACAUUCUUUUACGAUGAAAAUGGUGAGUUGGUCAUCACCGGUCCAGAUGGAGAGCCAGCAUCUGUUGAUGUUCCUACAUCAACCGUCCUUUCUUUGGCAGCUGGCAAUGGCUUGUCCGUUUUCUUUGGUGGCUUUGGAGGUUGUGGCCUCGUUCCCCAGACCGUCCUGAAUCUCAACUCUGGGGGUGGAGGCUUGAUUUCCGUGACAUCCUAUGCUGCAACAAUGAUUUUAUUUGCCUUGGUUCUUGCUCCAAUUGUUGGACAGAUCAGCGUGCCGGCACUUGCAGGCAUCAUGGUGGCAGUGUCACUCGACACCAUGCAAUUUGGGCCCACUUUCGAGGCAGCAAAGGCUGCUUGGGCCGAUGAAGAGGGUUCGCGGAUCCGCUUUGGAGUACUGGUUGUGACAGCAGUGCUCUGCUACCAAGUGGACUUUGCAGUGGGCAUCGUGAGUGGUGUCCUUCUUGAUCGAGCCAUCAGCCCAGGAGGGAUCUUCAACCAGAACAAGACACCAGCAUAGAAAUUCCAAGACAUGUUUUCAUUGCAAUCAGAUGCAAUCAGGAUUUUAUGUGAGCAGUGUCCUAAAACUUGGGUUGGUCAGUUUGUUGUUAAA